GGAGAGUAACAAGCAUCAGAGUUUUGGUUAAUAUAGUAGUCAUCGCUCUGCUUGCUCUAUCAAUGUAUGUCGUUGUAUUGGUUGUGAAACGAUCUACAGAACCGGAAGGAGAAAGCUCAUUUUGGAGGAAAAAUGAAAUUGCUAUUGUAAUGUCUUUAAUUACGUUCGUAUUUCCCAUGGUUUUCGAAGUUUUGGGACUAUUCGAACAAUAUCAUCCAAGAAAACAAUUGAGACUACAAUUAGGAAGAAUUAUGGUACUAAACUUGGUAAAUUUAUAUUCUUUAAUAUUUGCAUUGAUUGACAAAAUUGGUGAUAUGACAACAGAACUUCAAACUUUCAAAAAUAUAACAAAAAUGCUGAACGAAUCCAUGUCGAUGUCAACUACAGCUGCGCCCAGAGAUUACACAGAUGUGACUGAAUGUGGAUGCAUCUUAAACAAAGAACCCCUAUUAUCAAGAAAUUUAAUUUCAGAAAAUGAUUAUUCUGAUCUAACUUCACAACUUUCGGAUUUAGUAUCGAAUAUAACAUCUCUCGUAGUUACGAACAUAACAACAACAUUCAACGAAUCUAUAUCGGAUAUUCAGUCCUUAAAUACAUCCUUAAUAUAUUUUGUAAAUCGUAUUAUACAAGAAAAAAUUAUCGGAACCCUAAAUAUCACGAUUGAUAACACAACUAAUUUUGCUUCCCAAGAAUUAAAUUUGACCGAUAUAGAAUUUAACCUUACCGAUUACCUUACUUCGCUUUUGUUUUCUUUACCAGAUGACGAUAAUUCAACCAUGACUUACGAAAAGAGUACAAGCAUAAGCGAUAAUAUCACUACAACAACUUGGGAAGAAUUCAGUUCAACGAUUUUCCCGUUAUUGAAUAGCAGUGAUAGUACUGAUUUAGAUAGAUUCGAUUAUGAUUUCUCAUCAUCGACAAGUUUUGAUUUCACGUCUACAGCUUUGCAAGAAGAAAGUACUACGGAAUCGCCGUAUUGUAAGGAGAUUUGCGAUCAAACAUACAUGCCUCCAGAAAAUGUUGAACAAGGAAUGAAUUAUACUACGAGAGCUAGAUUUCGUAAUCUAUGUUGGGAGACUAUGUUUGGCCAAGAGUUAAUAAGUAUUACCGUUAUGGAUCUAAUUAUGACCAUAGUACCCGCUUUAGGGAUGGAUUUUUUUAGAGGAAUUUUUGUUCGUGUUAUGAAUAGAUGUUGGUGUUGGGAUCUGGAAAAGAAAUUUCCAAAAUAUGGUGACUUUAAAGUAGCAGAAAAUAUUUUAAGCCUUGUCAACAACCAAGGCAUGGUAUGGAUGGGAAUGUUUUUUUGUCCUGGAUUAGUAGUGUUCAACGUGUUUAAAUUAUACAUUACCAUGUACUUUAAAGCUUGGGCUGUUAUGACUUGCAACGUGCCUCCUGAAGUAAUUUUUAGAGCCUCCAGAUCAAAUAACUUCUACUAUUACUUACUUCUCAUGAUGUUAUUCCUUUGUGUAUUACCAGUGGGUUAUACAGUCGUGUGGAUCAAACCAUCUUGGCAUUGUGGUCCUUUUUCUAAAUAUAAAAGAAUUUUUCAUAUAUUUACUAACACUAUUCAAGAUAAUGUCCCAAAAGUUCUUCAACGAGCUUUGGACUACAUUGCUUCACCUGGUAUAGUUAUUCCUCUGCUAGUUCUUUUAAUUUUGAUAAUCUACUAUUUGAUAUCAUUGACUAACUCUCUAAGGGAAGCAAAUGAAGAAUUAAAGAUCCAGUUAAGAAGAGAGCGAACUGAAGAAAGAAGAAAAAUGUUUCAACUAGCAGACAGAAGAAGACGAGGAGGUUCUGGAGAAUCCAAUGAACUAUCAAACGCUCCUUUUAACAAAUGGAAAAAACUUAUUGGAAACUUACCAUCUGGUAAAAGUUUAGAUGAAACACCGAAGCAGGAAGCAGAAGAUGUUAAGAAUAAAGAUGAACGAACUGAAACUAGAGGCAAAGAUUUCUUUUCAAAAUUCAUCAAGCGUGCUUUACGCAAGUCUUCAACAUCAGAUGAUGAUCAGAAUGCUGAAGAUGGGACGGACACGGAACAACAUGACUCCCUUCCUUAUGACACUUUAACAACUAAAGCAACAACCAGAGAAAUUAAACCUUCCUUUUCUUGGGGAAAAACUGAUUUUCAGAAUGUAGCUCGGAAAGCGAUACAGCUGAAGAAAACAAAAUCAGAAAUUCAGCCAACUAAAUCUUUUGAAAUAACUACAGAAACUAAGCAUGUACAAAUUAACGACAAAGUUAACAAAGACAAUUCUGAUAUUAAUAGAAAUAUUCAUAGUACCAGGGAAAUAUUUAGUCCAAGAACUGAGUCGACACCUAAAGAUGUUACUAUUCAUCAGAAUUCAGACUAUAAUAAAACUAAAUAUAUUAAGGAUGACAGCAGAAGAAAAGAAAAAUCUAAACAUAUAAGUAGAAAUAGAACGGGUAUAAAAAAUACCUUUCCAAUUAAGGAAGAAAUUAUUAGGGACGAACCAUCUACAUCUAAAGUAGUUAGAGAAAAUUCUGGUAUUAUUAAAAUACAUACUAUUAAAGAGAUACUUAAUAAUACUCCUAUUCCAACAAAUAUUCGCCAAGAUUCUGAAUCUUCAAUAUGGUCCGAUGGAAUACCUGUAAUUACAAUCAGUAAAACUGUCAGUUCAGAAAACAUUUUAGAUGUGUGCGAUGAACCAUGGGCUGAAGAAGAACCGAGUACACUAAAUAAAAAUGAAGAUACUCAAAAGUUUAAACCAAAAAUUAGAUGCGUUCUUAAGAAGCAGGCUACAAUUGAUGAAGACACUAUUAGAUAUUUUAAUGAUGAUAUUGAAAGAAAUAAAUCUAUGGUAAAUAUUAUUAAGGCUGUGGCCGAAGAAGAUGAUGACUUCUCUGAAAAAUUAAGUCCAGAUACUCAAAAUGAAGAUUCGAAAGGUGAUGAAGCUCUAACUGAUAAAUCUUCUUCUGAAGAUACUGAACAAAAAGAUAGUAGUGUAGAAACUAUACUUCGCUCACCACAACUUAUAGAUGAAGAUUAGAAAAUUAAUAUUAUUAAAUUUGUAGGUAUACAAUUAUGACCUCCCAAGCCAGAAAGCGGUAUCUAAAAAACGACUUUUUAUUUUUUAACGCAUCAGAUAGCUUAAAACGUUCCGCAUCAGAUGAACUAAGAAAAAUAUCAAAAUUUCGCCUAAGCAAAUUUACAUAUCUAGUGGUACCUAAAUUAUUUUCAUCGUCUCGAGGGAACGCGAUAACAACUUCUAGAACAUGUGUUUUUUCUCGAAACUCGCUUCAACUGAGAUACAGCUUUUUGGCUUAGGAGGGCAGAAUUAGUAUUGAUAGUAAACUGUAGUUAUGUGCAAUUUUGUUAUCUGUGAACCAAAAAUAAAAUGUAU